AUGUCGCAAAGCAAGAAGAAGCGUAGAGACAAAAUCGGAGCGGAGGAACAAUCACGUGACAACAUCGGUGUCUCUUCUCCACCUCCAAUCUUCAAAUCUAAGAACACUGUCAAGCUACCUGCACCCAACAUCCGUGUCACCCUCAAGAUGCGGUUCGAAGAUCAGCGCUUCUUACAUGAGGACCUUGAUCAUCUGGAGCUAGCUGUCGCUGACCGCGCAGCUCAAGAGCCCCGUAAUAUUCGUGAACGCCUGUCUCGCGACCAUGAGCUCGCCAAAUUUUUGAACCGGAUCCAGGAGCAAUCCAAGCGACUGAUGGACAUUUACGAAGAUGCGGAUGGUGUGCGGAAGAUGGAAUCGCAGUCACUUUCAACCGGCGACCAGUAUGAAGAAUUUUACAAGCAACUUGACCCCAUUAAGGAAUUUCACAAACGCUAUCCGAAUCAACCAGUCGAAAAUCUGGAGAAAGCCUACAAGCGCAGGGCACCGGCAGAGAUCGAAGCCUCCGGCUUGGAAGCGGACAACAUGUUUUCUGGCGAAGAAGCAUUUGGCCAAUUUCUCGACUUGAUCGGACUGCACGAGCAGUAUCUGAACCUUCCUUCGGUGAAGCGCCUGCCAUACAUUCAGUAUCUCGAUGUUUUCGACAUCUUCGUCCCACCAACCCUCAACAUCAAGCGCAAGGAUAAGCUCUCCGACAAAUAUUUCCGCUAUGUCAACGAGCUCGCUAGCUACCUGGAAAGCUUUAUCAAGCGUGCACGCCCACUGCAGGAUUUGGAUGCGACAUUUGCUGCUUUCCUGCAGGAUUUCGACAAGAAAUGGGCCGCUAAGGAAAUUCCAGGCUGGACGGAUGAGGACAACGGAAAGGGAGGAGAGUCAGGAGACGACCUAUGGUGCCCGGACUGCGAAAAACAGUUCACGAACCCUAAUGUCUACCGGAGCCACUUGACCCAAAAGAAGCACAUUCGAGCCGCAGAGGCCCGUAAGGCCGCUGGUGCCUCCGGGGAGAAGCCCAGUGCGCCUGCAGGCGAUGGGCCAUCUUCCCUGGCACGUGGUUUGAAAGAGCGUGCCGUUGCGGAGCGUGAGCACCGUAUCCGUUGCCUGACUAAUGAGCUCCAGGAAGAGCGUAAAAAGACGCGCACUAAUGUAGAACGCCGUCAAGGAAUGACCGAGCAUGAGCGCCAGAUGGAAUAUGAGGCGCUUAUGGCUGGAUCGGAGCAGCAGCGCGAGACCCAUGAUGGCGAGAAUUCUGACGAAGAUGGCGAUGAGAGGUUCGACAACCCCCUUAACGUACCACUAGGGUGGGAUGGAAAGCCCAUCCCAUUUUGGCUCUACAAGCUGCACGGCCUUGGUGUCGAAUACCCGUGCGAGAUCUGUGGAAACUACAUUUACAUGGGCCGUCGCGCGUACGACAGGCACUUCUCCGAAGCCCGCCAUCUUUAUGGCCUCAAGUGUCUGGGUAUCACGUCGAACACUAGCCUCUUCCGCGAGAUUAACCGCAUCGACGAGGCCGUGAGCCUGUGGGAGAAACUGGAGGCUGAACGCAAGCAAGAGCGUGAGCUUCGGGAAAAUAUCGUGCAGAUGGAGGAUGCUGAUGGUAAUGUCAUGCCGGAAAGGAUCUACAAC